AUGGCACUAAAGAGUGAGGUUGAAACCCUCCGACGGCUGUUGCAAGAUCAUGCCGGGUUUGUUGAGAGCAUCCGCAAUGCACCAGAUGACGAGGCACUGAGCAUCGUUCGACGAUUGCGAAUGACAGAGAAUGUAUCUGCCAUGCUGUCAUCGUAUGGAGGUCGAAUUGGUUGCACAACUCAGAUAUCCGAGCAUGCUUCGGCACGGGCAGCCAUACCAUCAACAGAGUCAGGCAUCGAGUUUGAGCUGGUAAUGCUCCACCCAACAGCUUACCCAGCUCUGACACCGCUGUCUUCGUCAUCAAUAGCUUCAGCAACUCUUACAAGAGAACCUGCCCUUCUGAGCACCAUCGCAUCGUCCAGCAACGUUUCACCGUUACCCCUCGAGCCACACACAUUUUGUGAUCCUCGUCUUGAGUACCUCUCCGUAAAGUACUGGACGAGGGUACCCAUCGAUGACCGUCUUGCAGCUCAAGCUGUUUCACAUUUCGUACAAGUCGAUCACCCUGUGCUCGGUUUCUUCGAUGCCGAUCUUUUCCUUCGCGAUCUUGUCGAGCAACGUUUGAACUUCUGCUCGUCCUUCCUAUUCAGCUCCGUCAUGUCGUUCGCCUGCCAAUCUUACGGUAUGAUCGACCAACGAACAACGCUAUUCGCUGUCGCUUUCAUGGAAGAAGCUCUCAAGCUAUGGCCCGCCGAGCGCUCGAGCGAUUCGACCGUAACGCUGGCGGCUCUGAACUGCCUCGCUCUAGCCACUGGUUGGGAUGGCAGGAGUGAGCUUGGAAAUCACCAGCUGGUUGCAGACGCUCGCGCGAUGGCUACCAGGAUGCACAGGCUCGAUGUGCCACCCACUGAUGAGCUAAUCGCUCACUUUCAACAAUUACACGGAGACAUACUACGAGACCGAGCUCACGUAGCAUGGGGCAGCUAUGGCUGGCAAUCGUUACGUGCCAGCUUCUUUGCGAAGCCUCCGAUUAGAUAUCCUCCGAAUCUCCCUAUCCCGGGCGACAACCUCGAUAUCCUCGCUGCUCCUGCCAGCUCUGGAUCUACAAAUCCAUCACCGACGCACCUUGACCAUAUCUUCGCUGCUCUGAGCAAGUUCUGGGUCAUUGUGCAAGAGAUCUUUGCUGUCUACAAUAUGCAAGACGAUGCGCCACUGGUCGAACGUGUCAUACCAGCUUUUGCUGAGGCGAAAUACCAGAAGCUAUUGGCUUGGGCAGACACGCUUCAUACAGAGCUAGGCAACAGCAAAGACAGUACUGCCCACGCACAUAUCUUCCACGCCAUCUAUCAUACGACUAUACUCAACCUCUUUCGCCCGUUCCUCGAUCCACCGAAUGUUAUACACUUGCGCUCGUUCUCUUCGGCUGACGGUACCUCGCGCGCAGUCUUUUCAGCCUCGGUUAAACAGUUGAAGCGCCUCAUGUACAACUAUCGCACACAUGUUCCUCGACACAUGGCGCAAAGCAGCAUGUUCAACGCUGCAGUUCUUCACAUCAGCAGCAUCGUUGUCAAACAAGCCGCUAUAGACCCGUCUUGGAGGUUUUUCUUUCGCCUCUGUUUCGACUACUGGAAAGACGUACACGUCUGUUACCGUGUUUUCGCGGGUGUAGUGCCUGCUCACUUGUCUCUCGCGCUACAAUGUGGAGCCAUAACCGUGCAGGAGGCCAGGCUCAUGAACCAGGAGUUUCAGGCAGCGGGCAGGCAUCACAGAGUUGCUGACGAGGUGCUGACGGACUCAUAUAUCGAUUUUGAGAAGGCGAUCAGAAAGGAAGAUGGGGCUACCAUGCAUGAGCUUACUGAGAGGUUCAAAGAGUUGAUGAUGUUUCAAGACUUCACGCAGGAGUAUGCAGAAGUAUGA